CCCUCGGGGGUCUGCGAGGAGGCGUGGUUUGGUGACGCAUUGCGGCUGGUCCUUCAUGCUGGAGUGUGCGUGGAUCAGAUGAGCCCCGGACUCGAGGUGAACAUGCGAGAACAAGUGGCGAAUAAACACCGACACAUGGCCGAGCAGAUGCGCCCCUGAGCCGGACAGCAGACCUCCAGAAAGCCCGCUCCGCAGCUCCGGCGCUCCGUUAACAUCAUGGACGACAGCACCGUGCGGGUGGCGCUCAGGAUUCGUCCUCAGCUGGCGAAGGAGAAGAUCGAGGGAUGCCACAUCUGCACGUUUGUGAUGCCCGACGAACCGCAGGUGGUUCUGGGAAAAGAUAAAGCCUUCACGUAUGAUUAUGUGUUCGAUAUGGACUCCACGCAGGACAACAUCUACUCCAACUGCACCGAGAAGCUGAUCGAGGGCUGUUUUGAGGGAUACAACGCCACCAUAUUUGCAUACGGACAGACGGGCUCAGGGAAGACGUACACCAUGGGCACAGGCUUUGACGUGGCGAUCCCGGAUGAGGAUUUGGGCAUCAUCCCGCGCGCCGUCACACACCUAUUCAAAGGCAUUGAGCAGAGACGACAGCAGGCGGCGGAGCAGAGCCGACCCGUACCCGAGUUCAAGAUCAGCGCUCAGUUCCUGGAGCUGUAUAAUGAGGAGGUGCUGGACCUGUUUGACACCACGCGCGACAUGGAGUCCAGAAAGCAGAAAUCACACAUUAAAAUCCACGAGGACGCCAGCGGAGGAAUCUACACGGUCGGAGUGACGACGAGAAACGUCUCCUCUGAGGCCGAGAUGAUGCAGUGUUUAAAGCUCGGCGCUCUCUCCCGCACCACCGCCAGCACACAGAUGAACGUCCAGAGCUCGCGUUCUCACGCCAUCUUCACCAUCCACAUCUGCCAGAUCCGCGUCUGCGCACCCGCUGACAGCCCUCCAGAGCAGGACAACGAGACGGACAAUCGCCUGGCCGGCAGCUCGUCUGAGAUGGAGGAGUUCGAAACGCUGACGGCGAAGUUUCACUUCGUGGAUCUGGCCGGAUCAGAGAGGCUGAAGAGAACCGGAGCCACAGGGGAGCGAGCCAAAGAGGGAAUCUCCAUCAACUGCGGACUGUUGGCGUUGGGGAACGUGAUCAGUGCUCUAGGGGACAGAAGCAAGCGCUCGACGCAUGUGCCUUACCGAGACUCCAAACUCACCCGCCUCCUGCAGGACUCACUGGGCGGAAACAGUCGGACCGUGAUGAUCGCCUGCAUCAGCCCGUCCGAUCAGGACUUCAUGGAGACGCUGAACACACUGAAGUACGCUAACAGAGCGCGCAACAUCAAGAACAAGGUGAUGGUGAACCAGGACCGGGCCAGCCAGCAGAUCAGCGCACUGCGGACGGAGAUCGCCAGACUGCAGAUGGAGCUGAUGGAGUACAGGACGGGGAAGCGUAUGGUGGGAGAGGACGGGCUGGAGAGCAUUAAUGACAUGUUCCACGAGAACUCGAUGCUGCAGGUGGAGAACAAUAAUCUGCGCAUGCGAGUGAAGGCUAUGCAGGAGGCCAUCGACGCUCAGGGCGCCAGACUCACUCAGCUGCUCAGCCAACAGGCCAAUCAGCUGCUUGCCAGAGCAGGUGAAGGCAGUGAGGAGAUUGGAAAUAUGAUUCAGAAUUACAUCAAGGAGAUCGAGGAUCUGAGAGCCAAACUUCUGGAGAGUGAGGCGGUGAAUGAAAACCUGAGGAGAAACCUGACCCGAGCGUCCAGCCGUCCUCAGUUCUACGGGGCGUCCGGAAGCUUCUCUACGGCCCUGCUGGGACCCGACCCGAGCCAGGAGACCAGCGACAUCAUCGAGAUCGCUAAAAAAGACUUGGAGAAGCUCAAGAGGAGGGAGAAGAAGAAGAAGAAGAGACUCCAGCAGCUGCUGGCCGACAAGAGAGAUGAGGAUGAGGACGAGGAGGAAGAGGUGGAGGAAGACAGUGCCAACAAAGACGAAACGCAAGAAGAUGGAGAGCAGAAGACUGAGAAAGAGCAGUCAGAAUCGACCAAUCAGGAGCCAGAGAUGGAGGCCAGUGAUCGUGAGGAAGGCGAUGGAGAAGAAGAUGAGGAAGAUGUGGAGGAAGAGGAGAUGGAGGCUGAGGAGAGCUCUGAAGAGACGGACUCUGAGCUCGAUGAGAAGGAGGACUUCCAGGCGGAUCUGGCCAACAUCACAUGUGAAAUCGCGAUCAAGCAGAAGCUGAUCGACGAGCUGGAGAACAGUCAGAGGCGUUUACAUACACUGAAACAACAGUACGAACACAAGCUCAUGAUGCUGCAGAGCAAGAUCCGCGACACACAGCUGGAGAGAGACCGCGUUCUGCACAGCAUGGGCUCGGUGGAGUCGUGCUCUGAGGAUAAAACCAAGCGGAUAAAAGCCGAGUACGAGAAGAAGCUCAGCGUCAUGAAUAAGGAGCUUCAGAAACUGCAGGCGGCACAGAAAGAGCACGCUCGCCUGCUGAAGAACCAGUCACAGUAUGAGAAACAGCUGAAGAAACUACAGCUUGACCUGACAGAGAUGAAGAAGACCAAAGUGCGUCUCAUGAAGCAGAUGAAGGAGCAGCAGGAGAAGAGCAGAAUGGCUGAAUCCCGCAGAAACAGAGAGAUCGCCACGCUCAAGAAGGACCAGCGCAAACAAGAGCAUCAGCUCAAACUGCUGGAGGCACAGAAGAGACAACAGGAGCUCAUCCUGCGCAGGAAAACCGAGGAGGUCACAGCUCUGAGGCGGCAGGUGCGGCCCAUAUCAGGAAAGGUCACCCGAAAGGCCAAUCUGUCGGAGCCGAACUUUGACCUUUCUCACAGACCACCUGCAGGUCGCACAUACGGUUCAGGAGCACCUAAUGGAACCAGAUUGUACCAUCGCAGAGCAGCGGGGAUAUAUUCCACCCGAGUGGCUCGUGGGAAAUGGCAGAGUCUGGAGCGCCGGAUCUCCGACAUCAUAAUGCAGAGAAUGACCAUUUCCAACAUGGAGGCUGACAUGAAUCGCCUACUGAAGCAACGGGAAGAGCUGACGCGGCGGCGGGAUAAGAUCAGCAGGAAGAGAGAGCGACUGCUGGCGGACGACCCCGAGGUGGAAAAACACCUUCAGCCAGUGAACGAGGAGCUGGAGUCACUGCUGGCCAACAUCGACUACAUCAACGACAGCAUCUCCGACUGCCAGGCCAACAUCAUGCAGAUGGAGGAGGCCAAGGAGGAGGGCGAUGCUGUCGAUGUCUCGGCUGUGAUCAGCUCCUGCACUCUGGCCGAAGCUCGAUUCCUUCUGGACCAUUUCAUGUCGAUGGCCCUCAAUAAGGGUCUUCAGGCAGCUCAGAAGGAGUCUCAGAUAAAGGUAAUGGAGGGACGGCUGAAGCAAACCGAGAUCAACAGUGCAACCCAAAACCAGCUGCUCUUCCACAUGCUGAAGGAGAAGGCAGAGUUUAACCCGGAGCUGGAUGCGUUAUUGGGGAACGCUCUUCAAGAACUAGGUAACGUGCCCUUGGAAAAUGGAGAUGACAGUAGUAGUGACGAGUCAACCCCAAGUCCUGCAGUGGAAGGAAACACCCUGGCCUCAGACCUCAUGAAGUUAUGUGGCGAGACUAAAUCUAGGACUAAGGCCCGUAGAAGGACGACUACUCAGAUGGAGUUGCUUUAUGUCGACUCUGGCCAAGACGCAGCAACAAAAGACUUCACCAUCCCUCUACACCCAAUGGCUGAGACAUCCGAGGGAUCUGGAGAGCUGGAGUCUGCAGGGAAUACAGUCAGGGAUCGGGAUUAUAUGCCCUCUCCUGCUGGUUUGACCUCUAGAAUGGGGGGCAUUAGCAGCUCUGGCAACAGAUUUCCAGCAGGUGGGCAAAAGAGAUUGCCGGAACCUUCCCCUCUGUCUCGCAGGAAGACUUAUGACAAGGGACAAGCCCAGGCUGACAAGGCCAAAUCCAAAGAGAUCUUACAAGGCAUCAUCAACCCUGUUCCGGUGUGGAAGAGCGCUCGCGGUGGUGGCGGCGGGACACUGCAGUGUGUUCAUGUGGCCGAGGGUCACAGUAAAGCCGUUCUGUGUGUCGAAUCUACAGACGACCUCAUGUUCACCGGAUCUAAAGAUCGUACCUGUAAAGUUUGGAAUUUAGUGACGGGACAGGAGAUCAUGUCUCUGGGCGGCCACCCUAACAACGUAGUGUCAGUGCGCUACAGCUCUAGUCUGGUCUUUACCGUCUCCACCUCCUACAUCAAAGUCUGGGACAUCCGAGACUCUGCCAAAUGCAUCCGGACACUCACCUCGUCAGGUCUGGUGAACACUGGUGAUAUGUGUGCCGCUAGCACCAAUCGCACCGUGACCAUACCGGCUGGAGAAAAUCAGAUUAACCAAAUCUACCUGAACCCGUCCGGCACCGUUCUCUAUGCUGCCGCCGGAAACUCUGUCCGUGUCUGGGACCUGAGGCGGUUUGUGUGUACAGGAAAACUAACGGGUCAUCUGGGUCCAGUCAUGUGCUUGACUGUUGAUCAGACUGGAAACGGACAGGAUCUGGUCAUCACAGGCUCUAAGGAUCACUACAUCAAGAUGUUUGAUGUGACCGAGGGCGCUAUGGGGAGCAUCAGCCCCACUCAUAACUUCGAGCCGCCACACUAUGAUGGCAUCGAGUCUCUGGUGGUUCAGGGAGACUGUCUGUUCAGCGGCUCCAGAGACAACGGCAUCAAGAAAUGGGACCUGACCCGCAAAGACCUGCUGCAGCAGGUCCCGAAUGCUCACCGGGAUUGGGUGUGUGCUCUGGGAGUGGUCCCGGCGUCUGCGAUCCUGCUGAGCGGCUGUCGAGCAGGAGUCCUGAAACUCUGGCACACCGACACACUGAGCCCCCUGGGGGAGAUCAGAGGACACGAGAGUCCCAUCAACAGCAUCUCCACCAACAGCACGCAUCUGUUCACCGCUGCCGAUGACCGGACGGUGAAGAUCUGGCGUGCGAGAGGAAGUCUGGAUGGAUCUGCAGAUGUGGGUGACACCAUGGAGGAGGGCGUCAGUAACUGAUGCACUGUUUUACUACAGUAACCCAGCUGCCAAAGACAUUUGCACUUUGACCCUCCAGGAAAUCCUGGAUAACCAAUCAAAUCUGCUCACCACGGCUCCUCUGGAGUUCACUGCUUCGAUAGUGAUGCCCCACAAUUAGGCACAGUCAACGUCACACGUUCAAAAAAAAAAGCUCUUUGUGCUUAAAAUAACCCAGCAGCAGGGUUAAUUCUAACAAUCAUGAAGAUGGCGCUGAAAACAGACCUGCUGACGUGGAGUUUGAGGAACCGGAUCUUCUGUAGCGGGCUUCAGUUUUCCGGUUCUUGAGGACAUUCUGGAGUGACGCUUGUGGAGGAGUCUGAGGGAAUCUCACAUAAACACAACACAGCUCAUUUGUUCAGCUCUAAAGAGGAAAUCGAUAAUGAAGGGUGAAAUGAUUAGCAUAAACAUAACAAGGCUAAUUUAUGCACUUUUUUUGCAUUGUGAACAUACAUCAUGGCACAUUUUCCCACAACACUUAUUACUGUAAUGAGAAAAAACUGAAUAUAUUCAUUCAGUAUAAAAAAGAACUUGUUAUUAGUUGCUGCCUGUAAUAAUACUGAAUGAAGAAAUAUAUAAACUAGAAUUCAUACAUAAUAUAAAUAUAGCAUUUAUAGCUGUGCAGAAAAAUCAGUCCAGAAAUCGCUUCUGAGCUUGAAAUGUUGACGCCGCUCUAGGAUAGUUUAACAGCAGAUGACGCUAUUGGCUAUUUUGACAGCAGACGGCUCUCCAGGCUAGUUUAACAGCAGAUGGCGCUCUAGGCUAGUUUAACAGCAGACGGCGCUUUAGGUAUUUUACCAGCAGACAGCGCUCUAGGCUAGUUUAAACAGCAGAU